AUGAAGCAAGAUAAUGGUGGUGGGGAUGCCCUUCCUUUGCCCCUGGGACAAGUUCACUCCGCGACCAACAAACUCGGCAUCUUCCUUCAGGACGCUUGCCUCAAUCACCGGUACAUUCGCAACAGAGAUACUUCUAACAUUGUGGAACGCCCUGAACGAAUCAAAGCGGUGAAAGUGGGUAUCUCUGCUGCACUCGCACGGCUGGAGGACCUCGCGGAGCCACCCAAAGACCCGGACAAGCUGAAGUCCCAAGGUGCCUCAGAACCAGAUGAUUUAGCCGCUGCGAUGGGACGCAUGGCCAUUCAAAGCCGAGAGGAAUAUGCAGUUGGCGCAGGUCUUCCUCUCGAGAUAAAAAAGAGUGCGGCUAGUGUGGAUCUCCUGGACGACAAGGCGGUGAAAUUCGUGCAUGGCGAUAUUGAGGGAGACGUGUACCUAGAAAAUCUAAAACAUUGGGCGAAAGAGAGCGAAGAAAGAAUUUCAAAAGGAGAAUCAGAAAUCCCCGAAGGACUGCCCCAAGGCGAUUUGUACCGUGCGUCGUUCGCAUCUAGCAUUGUAGGAACCGAAUAUGUGAUAUUCUCCCUUCAUGCCUCAGUGUGCCCUAGCUCUAUGGACGCCAUCCAAGGCGCUUUGGGGACUGUUUGUGAAGCUGUUGGCACCGUUGUGAAAGCUAGUCGCUCGGAACCGGCGGAUAGAAAGGCCGCAAGCAGUUCCCCUUCGGACCUUCUACAGGCGUCCAGGGCAUUUGUGGCAAUAAGGCCUCCCGGACAUCACUGCGGAGAAGACAGCCCCUCUGGUUUCUGCUUCGUCAAUAACGUCGUAGUCGGGGCUGCUCAUGCCCAUCUCCGACAUGGAAUCAAUAGGGUGAUCAUCCUAGACAUUGAUCUGCACCAUGGGAACGGGACGCAGUCCUUGAUCUGGCAGAUCAACGAAGAAUCCUACCGACGGAAACUCGAGUCCAAAUAUUCAGGCGAGACCAAACCUGAACUGCAAGUAUAUUACGGCUCUGUGCACGACAUACUCUCAUAUCCCUGUGAGGACGGCAAACCGGAAUUAGUGCAGGCGGCUUCCGUAUCAAUACACGGACCCCACGGGCAGUAUAUCGAGAAUGUCCACUUAGUGCCGUACGACUCGCCCGAGCAGUUCUGGAAUGUGGUGUACAAAGGUCCGUAUAGCAGACUUCUAGACAAGGCCGAGGAAUUCCUCGGGCAGACCGGUGGCCCGGGAGACGAUGUCCUUGUUUUCAUCAGCUGCGGCUUCGACGCGUGCGAGCACGAGUACCCUUCCAUGUCCCGCCACCAGCGCAAGGUCCCGGCAUCCUUCUACCAUCGGUUCGCUCGGGACGCCGCCGCACUGGCGGACAGAUACGCACGCGGCCGGUUGGUCAGCGUGCUUGAAGGCGGGUAUAGCGACCGCGCGCUCACGAGCGGGGCGAUGGCGCAUAUCUGUGGAUUGGUUGACCUGGGUGAGAAAACGGAGUGCGUCAAAGAAGUCUGGUGGGAUCUUGAUAACCUCGUGAAGGCAACAAAGAAGGGCAAGCGAGGGAGGCAGUCCCUCCCUGGCACAUCCGAGCCAUGGGUGCAGAGAACACUUGAAAUUCUCUCAGUCCUCGACGAGGGCUGCCAGUACAGCCUCCCCUCGUCGCGCGUCCCGCCCUCGACCAGGACCCUCCGUGGGCGGAAGAAGGACCAGAACUACGCUCAGCUCGAUGCAGGUACGACCCCGCCGGCCUCCCCCCCUAAACGGAGAGGAGGGCGAAAGAGCAAUGAUGUGACCGAGGUGGAGACGGUCGUGGCGCCGUCUGCCACCUCGGAGGAUAACAGUGGAAGCAGGACGGAUGCCUCAGUUGAAGCAAAGUCGGAGACGGAAGGUCAAGGUGUUGUACAGAAGAAAUUGCCGAAGGUUAUUCUACACGUCCGGCCCCUGCCCGAGGCGAAGUCUUAA